CGGAACUGUAAAGACAGCUUCAAAAAUUAGCGGCUAAAAUUUGUUGAAAAGUUUUCAUUUGUUCAUUUAAAUAAAGAUCACUGAUUAAUAUGUCGACAGCUCAAGCAACCAAGAACUGUAUCACACUAAAGGGCUCCGCCCAAAUCAUUGUCGAGUACUUAAAGUACGGCAUCAAUUCGAUAUUAUUCCAACGUGGUAUUUAUCCAGCCGAGAACUUUGAUAACACGCAGCAAUACGGGUUAACCAUACUAAUGUCCAAGGACCCAAAGAUUACAACAUUUCUGCAAAAUGUUCUAAAGCAAACUGAAGAGUGGCUUUCGAAGAACAUGAUUAACAAGAUUUCGAUGGUCAUAACUAAUGCGCAUACUAAAGAAGUUCUUGAAUGUUGGGACUUCAAGAUGCAAGCGGAGCUUGGCGAUGGCGAUAGCGAUGGCAAGGAUCCCAGCAAGCAGACUUCAUCAAAACAGCUGAGCCGCAUACAAAACGAGAUUAGAGAUGUGAUGCGGCAGAUAUCGGCAACUGUUAGCUAUUUACCAUUGCUUGAUUGCAUUUGCACUUUCGAUGUGAUGAUCCAUACGCUACAGAACACUGAGAUACCUGCACAGUGGGACGAAACUGGCGCUGUGUUUAUACAGAACGCACAGGCGGUGCAGUUGCGUUCCUUUUCCACGGGCUUGCAUAAGGUUGACACGGUGGUCAAUUAUAAAAUGAGUUCUUAGUGAUAUAUAU